CGUUCUCAUCUGUCUUCCCAGUCCUCACAGCAACUUUUCUUCACGCAUCUCUAACGUUACCUAAAGUAAGAGUAAAAAUGAGUAGAGGAGGUGCAGCAGGUGCGAAGGGAAAGAAAAAGGGAGCUACAUUCACCAUUGACUGUGGAAAGCCGGUGGAGGAUAAGAUCAUGGACAUUGCUUCUCUUGAGAAGUUUCUUCAAGAGAGGAUCAAGGUUGGUGGCAAAGCUGGUGCUCUUGGUGAUACUGUCACUGUUACCCGUGAGAAGAGCAAGAUCACUGUUACCUCUGAUAGUAACUUCUCCAAACGCUAUUUGAAGUACUUGACUAAGAAGUACUUGAAGAAACACAAUGUUCGUGACUGGCUUAGAGUAAUUGCUUCAAACAAAGAUAGAAGUGUUUAUGAACUGAGGUAUUUCAACAUUGCCGAGAAUGAGGGAGAGGAAGAAGAUUAAUUGUCUGAUAACCUUAUUUAUUUGAGAGAACAUUGUUUAUCCUUUUCCUGUAGCUAGCUUUCAUUUGGCAAGUAUUGCUUGAGAUACGAUGCUUUGUUUUGAUCAGUUGCAAUUUAACAGUUUUGAUCAUUUAAGAGUUGUGGCGCAAUUGAUGUUGAAUUGGGAAUAGAAUUUACAUAUUUUGUUGUGUUUGUUACGUCUUUAGAUACAGUGCAUUGUGUUUCUUUCAUUAUAUCUCAUAUAAUUACACUUCCCCAGGUCGGCUAAA